GGGCUCGCGAGCCGGCGCGUGCACUGCUGUUAUUUUUGUUGCUAGGAGAGGGCCGACAUCCGGAGCGUGAGACUUUAAAGGGCGCGCGCGUGCGCUAAAGGAGAUUGCUGUAGAUCUCUAUCGGCCACAGAGCGCGCCCUGGAGGGAGGGGGAGGAGCUUGAGAGAGACAUCCGCGUACCAGAAGAGCGCGCUCCUUUGAAGGAGCAGCUGGCUGGGGCGGGAGAAGAAGAAACUUACUUAGGAAGAGAACACGGAAAUGCACUGACACUUAUGGCAAGGGCAAUAGCAGCUGUCUAAUAACAGCCCACCCGCCAGAGCCCCACAUUGCAGGUUAUGUCUCCUCCCGCUUAUUCUUGCACGCGGCGCUGUCACUCUCCUGCACCUGAGGCUGCGCUCCCCUCUGCCUACCACCCAUCUUCCUGCUAGAGCACCUGCAGCCGACACACCCUCUUCCCCGUGCAGCUCAGCAGCCACUCGCUGCGCUCCUUUCCCUUUCUCUCUGCCACAGCAGCAGUGACGCCUGCAGCCCUUCCCCCCACCCCCCAGGACUAUGGCAUAUCAUCAUCGGCACCAGGAAGACACCUGCCCGAGCGGUGAGCUGCCAACGGAGAACUGUGGAGACAUGAGCACCAGGAGAGUGGCCCUGAUCACUGGCAUCACUGGCCAGGAUGGCUCAUACUUGGCAGAGUUCCUGCUGGAAAAGGGCUAUGAGGUGCAUGGAAUUGUUCGCAGAUCUAGCUCUUUUAACACAGGACGGAUUGAACACCUCUACAAGAACCCACAAGCUCACAUAGAAGGAAACAUGAAGCUGCAUUAUGGUGAUCUCACAGAUAGUACCUGUCUGGUGAAGAUAAUUAAUCAGGUGAAACCUACUGAAAUUUACAACCUUGGGGCUCAGAGUCACGUCAAAAUAUCUUUUGAUUUAGCAGAAUAUACAGCGGAUGUUGAUGGAAUUGGCACUUUACGACUCCUAGAUGCUAUCAAAACCUGUGGUCUUAUAAACUCUGUGAAGUUCUACCAAGCCUCAACAAGUGAACUUUAUGGGAAAGUGCAGGAAAUACCUCAAAAAGAGACCACUCCUUUUUAUCCCAGAUCACCAUAUGGGGCAGCAAAGCUAUAUGCUUAUUGGAUUGUGGUGAACUUCCGGGAGGCCUAUAAUCUCUUUGCUGUGAAUGGCAUUCUCUUCAACCACGAGAGUCCCAGGAGAGGAGCUAACUUUGUAACUCGAAAAAUUAGCCGCUCAGUCGCUAAGAUCCACCUGGGGCAACUGGAAUGUUUCAGUUUGGGCAAUCUGGAUGCCAAGAGAGACUGGGGUCAUGCCAAGGACUAUGUCGAGGCUAUGUGGCUAAUGUUGCAAAUAGAUGAACCAGAGGACUUUGUGAUAGCCACUGGGGAAGUCCACAGUGUCCGUGAGUUUGUGGAGAAGGCAUUUGAGCAUAUUGGGAAAACUAUUGUGUGGGAAGGCAAGAAUGAAAAUGAAGUUGGCCGAUGCAAAGAAACUGGCAUGAUCCAUGUGAGAGUUAAUCACAAAUACUACAGGCCAACUGAAGUGAAAUCAUCUGAAGCAAGCAAACAAACAGGGAGGAAACACAGCAGUCAAGAUUACUGAAUAGUUGAUGCUCUGAUUGUUUUGAUGUGAACAGGGUUUUCCUUCUAAAUUGUUACUGGAGAAAUAAGUGAUUUAUGAAAAGGUGGAUAUAUAACAAAGAGAUGAUGUAUUAUAUGUUUAAUAUGUUUGUUUUUAAGAAUAGUCAUUUUCAUAGAUAGACAGACAGACAUAGAUAGAUAGAUAGAUAGAUAGAUAGAUAGAUAGAUAGAUAGAUAGAUAGAUAGAUAAUGCUGAAAGAUAAUAAAAAUAUUUUUAAUAAAUAGAUAAGAUAAUUUUUAUUAUAAAUUUUUAUUAUGCUGAAAGAUGAAAUAAUGUUGACAUCAUUUCCAAACCCUGUCUGGAAUGUGGUGGCGGCGGGGUGGAAUAUAUAGAUAUAGAUAUAUAGAACAUUUUUAACAAAAUACAUUAUGACAAAGAAACUAUGACAUUAUUUCAUCUUUCAACUUAAUAAAAAUUUCCCCCUCUGUACUUGAUGUAGCACAAAAUUACCUCCCUCUUUCCUAUCCAAAUCCUUCUCUCCUUUAAACAAGCACAAACCAAAAAGAACAAAACAAACAAACAAACAAGACUGUAGUCAGAGACUCCGCCACAACAACUUUCUACAAAAAUAUCUGUUACAAGGCAUACAAUUCCAAGACUGGUUUUCAAAUUACCUAGAACUUGUCAUGAGCUCCCCUUUUAAAUUAAAUGAUUCUUUCAUAAGCUGCCAAAAGCAAUGAAUCAGAAAUCCAUUGUUCUACCUCAGGAGUAUCCUUAACUUUCCAUUUUUACAAAAAAAAUCCAUUUUUGUAGUGUAAGGCAUUUAGCCAAAACUAAUGCCCUUGAUAACCAUAUUUCUGUAAUACUAUAUAUGUAGACAGUGUGUGGUUUUAAUACCUCUAGGCAUAGGAAAACAAGGAGAAAGAAAGAAUAUAAAAAUAGGCCAUAACAUUUAAUUUUAAUUUUCAUCAGUGUACUUGAAAAUUAACAGAAAAUCACUGAUAAUCCAUAUUUCCGUUCAUGUGUUCACAUAAAAUGAAUUAUCAUAAUUUGACCAGUGUGCUUCUAAUCCAUCAUUUUAAAUGUGGAGGUAGUUCUAAAGCUGGCACAUAGUUUAAAGAACACAGGUGUUUAUAUGGCCCUGUCUCAAAGAAAACAAAACAUGUACUUGGCAAUAGUAGUCCAUUCACUGUAUUUCCAUUGAGGUCCAUUAGAUAUUAAGAUGAAUAAGAUCAGUUCCCUAUUGACUAAUGUUGACUAAUGAGGCACUUUCAUGAUAAGUGUGUAUCCUAUCCUAUCCUAACCACUAAUGUGCUUACUGACUUUAGCCAUUGGAUAAUAUAACCAUUUAUUUUCAUGGUCACUGAAACACCACCUCGGUCUGUUGAGUACAGUCAUGCUGGGUAGUGGGACAGCCUGGUAUUUUUAGACAGUGAUCAUU